GUAGCACUUUGUACUUUAUGGACGGAGUAAGAUUCUCUUGUCAAACAUAGCUUGGCCAUAAAUUAGCCAAUCAGGAGAUUGUUUAUAUCAAUUUACCCACAAUACACUAUUUCAAAUAAUUUUCGGUUAAAGUUACUGUGGCUGCUGUGGCUGUACGAACCGCGGAAGGGUCAAAAGUGUACAAGAUAUGGCAGACCUGCGAACUCAUUACAAGAAAAAAGCCGUUGGAUUCGGCAAUUUAGAAGAAUCAAGAAUUAUAAGAGCUGCUGAACAAGUCAACGCUAGAAAACAACGUCGUUCAGCCGUACAUGCCGUUAAUAGGAAAAUCAUCGGAUCAGAUGAACCUAAAGAUCAAAACGUUCAAGAGGAUAGACGAAUGAAAUUGUUAAGAUGGAGGGCAGAAAGAGACUUACAAAAAAAAAUUCAAAAAGCAAUGAAACCACCAGUAUUUCGUGUUGGAGUUUGUCACCAUAAACUCAAUUCUCCUAUUUUCCUACAUCAAAAUCUGCCAGCAACGAAACCGGUGAAGUCAUCGAUACCACCUAGAAUAACUAGAGCCACUUCCAAAAGGCUUGCAUCGAAAGCUUCUAUGAAAGCACACACACCUGAGGCUGGUAUUGUUUUAAGGAAUAAAAAACCAAUUACAAAAGUCUUCGGUCAAAGAAAUGUGAAUAAAAGUGUGAAAAGUGUUGGAAAAACAGAUAUUCCAGACAGUUCGUUUGCACCCGAUAAUCAUGAGUUUAAACCACCGACCGGUUUACCAUCCCUGCCUUUGUUUGGCCAGGCAGCAUUGGAAGGACCAAAACAAAAUCAUGAUACUACAGUUACUCCUGUAUUCUUCUCUCCUUAUAUUGUUAAUGCUAAGAAGAAAGAAGCUUUACGUCAAAAACAGCUGCAGCAAUCCAACACUACGACUGAUAGCGUGCUAAAGCAAUCUGAAAGUGAUGUAUCACUAACUGCUUCAGUUUUCGAAAAAGACGAAGAGCGAACGACAUCGUAUUUUAGAAGAGUCACAGAUGGAGAAGUUAUGAGAUUAAAAGCUCUCUGUUGGGAUUGGAUGAUGAUAAAAUCUGCCCCUGGUACCCCAGAAGAUGCUCAACUCAUGAUAAAUCAAGCAAUUGGUCAAACAAAUCUGUUGAUUGACAAAAAAGUAAAACAAUUUCGAAAACUCAUAGCACAAUGUGAAACUGGUUCGGGAGAAAAAUUGGUAACCUGUGACGACUUGCAAGGGUUUUGGGACAUGGUGUACAUGCAAGUCGAAGACUGCGAUUGCAGAUUUGCAAAAUUGAAUCAAUUGAAAGAGAGAAAUUGGCAAGAAACUGAACAAAAAAAAAUUAAAGCUAAGAAAAUAGUAGCACCUAAGCCACCAGUAGCAGCAACUAAGAAGAAUGGCCCUUCCAAACCUAGUUCUAUCCGUGAAAUGAUCUUAGCUGCUCGGAGAAUGAAAAUUGAAUCACAAGCAAAUCAGAAUUCACCAGCUGUCACCAUUUCAGAAUCCAGCAAACCUUGUGUUGAGUCGUUAUGUUUGCCCACAAUAAAAUUUGAUGGUGGUUUUUUCAUGGUUGAAAGUCCAAAGAAAAUUAUUACGCCAAGAAAUCUUCAGAAAUCAACUCCAUUACCACAUUCAAAAUUUUCAGGGGAGUCUAAACAUCGUCGCUCAGCACUCAAAUCAAUUGGAGUUUCUCAGAUGCUCAAACCACUGGAAAUUGAGUCAGAACCCCUUAUCCCCUUUUCGACCUUCCAACAGACACCAGGAAAAAGUAUUUUAAAGCAAACAGAAACUCACAAGUCUGCAUCCUGUACCACAAGAUCUCAAAAUAAAGUUAAUUUUGUUGGCGAUGGGGAAAUAUUUACAAAGAGUAAUAAUCCUUUGGGUAAAGAAUCAAGUACUAUUAUUCUUGAUACCGAAAGCAUCAAUACAAAGCAAGAAGCAGAGCUGGACGUCAAGAAAAGACUAGAUUUUUUGAGCCUUGAUUCGAGCGAUUCAGAUUCUGAAACACAGUAUACUAAAAAAACCCUGGAACAAAACAGUUCUGAACUUUCUUGCAAUGAUGAAGCUGUCAGUAGAGAGCAUGAAAAUCUCCAAACUCUGGAAGAUGGUAAAAUUGUCAAAAUUGAAAGGAAUGGCUUUUCAGAUUCAGUUAUAGUGAGUAAAAAUUCUGUAAACCUAGCAAGAGUAACACGAACGACUCGUCAAUCAGCAUUGAAAAAACUUACCAAGAGAAUGGAGCUGGAUAAUUCAAACAUUCAUUCGAACAUAGCAGAGACUCCUUACGACAGAGUAAGCCCUAUGGAAACAAGCAAGCUCCAGAAAGAGAACAAAAAACCGGGAAGUCCAGAAAGCACAAAGCUAAGACGAUCUGCCAGAAGAAGUGUUAGAUUCACAGGAGAGGAAUGUACGGUGUGCUCGAGUUUGGAACAGGUUCGGCCAAUGACUCCCCAUGUAAAACGACGAACUAGUAAAUCAUCUGAGAGACGGAAGUCGUACAAAUAAUGACAAGUUUAAAUUACCAAUAAAGAUACAUGGCGAUUUGAUUGAUCUGGUAUUGCUCGGUCGCUGGUGAAAAGCAUUGCUAUUUUUGCUUUGGGGGUUAGGAUCGCUCUCGAAUGCCGGGGAGUCGAUUUGAUGCCACCGAUUACUGCAUAGACAAGUCUACUUUAUUUCACAUUGAUUUAGUUUAAGUUUUAUAAUAUUGUAAGAAUUAGCCCCCAGAUUUUGAUUAACAAUUGCACUGUUUGGCUAAUCGAUUCAACUGUAUAAAUGUAAUUAAAUUUCUUAAGUUUAAUUGAAUUUCAAUGACUUACUAAUUUAUCUCAUUUAUACUCUGUUCAACCUCAUAUCUAUACACAAUUCCUUUAUAACAGGUUCAUAUCGUAAGUAAGUCAAUUUUAAUUUUAUGACUUUCUGUAAAAAUGAGAUCAAUAAAUGAUUGUGUA